CUGCCUUCCCCAAAGUGCGUUUUUUCUGCUCUCUUCCGGGUUGGAUUGAACCUCCUCAACCCCCGUAGGCUCUCGAUCGAGAGUGCCUGUCCAAAUGGAAGUGAAUCCCCCCAAACAGGAGCACCUGCUGGCUCUGAAAGUGCAAGACAUGAAAGAAUUUGCAAGUAUGGCUUUUGCAGUUUUGUACCUGGUUAGAAAAACUGACUUGCUGAUCCUGUAAGGUUCCAUUCUUGAGCCUGUGUACUAUAUGCUGAACUUACUCUCAGUGCUUAAUUUGGGGCAACUUGAGGACUUCUGUAUUAUAAGAAGAAAAAAUAAGGGUUUAGCCUUCUUGCUUCCCUCCAAAUUGGAAUUCAAGAGCCAUGGUCUUAAGUGCCUUAAUUAGACAGAGGAGGCUGUCACAAAACCAGUCCCUAGCCUGGGUCCUGUUACCCUCUGGUUUGGAAAGAAACAGUCUUGUAAUUUUAAAUUACAUUCUAGCUCUGAGGAGCUCAGCUAAGAAAUUUUAUUUUCAUUAAGAGUAAUUGGACUACUUCAGAAUGACCACCGAAAUAAUAUUGCAUUAUCGAGCAUAUGAGAGUGAUCCCACACAAUUGCUGAAAAUUGCAGAGAAAGCAAUUCAAGACUUUCCUACACGUCCGCUAUCAAGAUUUAUCCCUUGGUUUCCACAUGAUGGGUCCAAACUUCCCCUCAAACCUAAACGAUCACCACCUGUGAUUUCUGAAGAGGCAACUGAAGAUGUGAAACAACACUUAGCCAUCUCAGAACGGGAUGUUAAGUCACAGAGUUAUGAUUGCACAGUAGCUCUAUUGGAGUUUCAGCCUAAUUUGAAAGAAAAGAAGCACUUAAUCCGUUCACACACACUGAAUGAACAGACUACGUCUGGAAAUCGGGAUAAACAAUCAGAGAAAGGGAAACAGCACGAGAAGAGGUCUUGGAGUGUUUCACUUUCCAGCAAAAAUUGUACUGAAGAUAUUUUUCCUUUGUCUAAAAAUUUGCAAGAUAGUAUAAAGGCACUAGGUUUACACUUAUUUUAUAGAGCAAGAUGGACAGUAGAUCAAACUGUAUGUAACAACCAAACUCUGGAAGACAUAUGGGCAAAACUCAAUAGAAUUAUCAGGCACAAUGAACUUCCAUCUUGUAAUGCUACAAUUCAGAGACAUUUGGGCCAAAUAUGGGUGUUUUGUGAUAUUAUGUACUGUGAAUAUGUGGGAAAUCUCCUUAAAGGAAGAUUAGCUCUUACAGGGAAAAUAAAUUUAUUUGUGCAUAAACAUGGUAUUAUUUUUAGUAUGUAAUGAAUUCCAGUGAUUGUCAAAAAGAAGAGUAUGUACUGAAAUAGAUGAGUAAAUUUUACUAGUUUUUAAAUUUUUAUUGACAAUUUUUUUUAUUUGAAUCUUUGUUAGUAUAGCCUAUUUAUUCUUAACAUUGUGAAAAAUAAUUGUGUGGUAAUAUGUGUUCAGUUUGUGUCUCAGGAAUAAAUGUCAUGUGAAUUUGUAGACUUGUCAUUUAAGUCAAGAACUUUUUAACAGCCACUGUUUAAAUUAAUUUUGAUAAAUUAUUUAUACUAAUGUUAGAGGUAAAAUGAGCCAUUCCUUUUGUUCUGUUAAUUUUCCAAUGGUUGAGUUAUAUAUUCCUAUGAGUUACAGUGAAUAGUUUGGAUUUGGGUAAAUCCUUAAAAUCUAAUUUUAUACUAUUUUUUUCUUUACUCAUCUAAAAUGUAAUAAUUUUUUAAAAAUUAAACUAAAACCUGUUUCAUUUUCAGGGAAUGCUAUUUAAGUGGGAGACCAACCAAAUUGUGUGUGUUCCCAAAGAUAUGUAAUAGAUAACAGUUGAUGUAUUGUCUUGAAACAAAGGUUAAAUAAUAAAAUAAAGAAUUUUCCUAAAACCAUA